AUGGUACGCAGCACGGGUCUUUAUAGUGAAGAACUAGAUAUCUUAUAUGAGCAAUCUGAAAAUUGGGAUGACAAUGAGAAUUUACGCUCAGAAAUAAUUAAAAUAAGUUCUGAUGCGCUUAUUGCUGAACCAGAAUUGGCCCGAAUGUGUCCUUCGAUCAUGGAAUUCAUAUUCAAAGAUAUCAAUAAUGAGAACAAUAAAGAACCUGAUGAUGAUAUUAACACUAAUAAAAUGCAACUAGCACUCGAUUUAGAUAAUCUGGAAAAUAUACUUUCCCAAGAAUUUGUUGAUCGUGUGUUGGAACUUUUUGACAAUAUUCCAUCUACAGAACGAAUCAUAAAGUUACGAUGUUUGUUCUUUCGCAGAUGUUUGGAUAUUUCAUUCGAUUUACCAAAAAAACUUUCAGCCAGGAAUUUUUUUUAUUCAACUAAUUUAAAACGAAAAAGUCACCUUAAACCGUUCUCCGAAUUUGAUUGUAUUAAUAUCGCUUUUAGAAAAAACAGUGCUGAUUCACCGAUUAUGGCUUUAUGUUGUGGUGUAAUACAAAAUGACUUAUGCGAUCAACGUUUUACGCAAUCCAAAUUUCGAACUCCUGCAAUUGUUGCUGUCACUUUACUUAAAGAAUUUGUCAAUUGUCUUUGGAAUUUAUUAGAAUUCAUCCAAAACAUGGAAACAGAGCAUUUAAUGUUUAUAAACAAAAUUGAUGAAGUUAUUAAUGAUAUUAAUCUAGCUAUGGAAUGUCAGUCGCAUCUCAUUCGUUCACUCAAGUUAUACUUCGUGAUUUAUAUUCCAAAGGAUUCUCAUUACCUGAUUAAAUAUUUUGUGAAGGACAAUGAAAGACAUUUCCAUGGUUGA